GGCACCAGACACAGAGGCAGAGACGCAAGUUGAAGCAUUACAGCUUGCGCUCAACAAAACCAGGAACAUAAACAGCUGCCUUCAAAGUGUUUAUGAUGAUGAAAAUAACAUAGAUUCCUCGAGCCGAACUAUGAUCAAGAGACUGGCUACUGAAAGGUACAUAACAAUUAACCGAUUGGCUUAUUUCUUAACGAUCGCGAAAAAGAUGCAAGUAACACCAUUCGAAGAAUGGAUAUUUGAUGUUCUCAAAGUCCAUUAUGAGGGUAACCCGAAAUUUGGAGAUUCUGGAGGACAACACUUUCAGGAUUUGUUCCCUAGCAACACCCGUGAUACAUUCCUAGGGCUGAGAGUAACGUUAGAGUUGGACUAAAAUUUAAAGGUUGACUUAACAUUGGAUACAAUGCCUCAGUCACAUUUGAUCUAUGCCAACCAUACAACAGCAGUCGCUUCAAAAUAUCGAGAAAAAUAUAAAGCAUAAAAUAUAGGGAUAAGCGGUAUGAUGUUGAUUUUCUAUAUCGAUUUUUUGGAGCUAUGGCUGCUGGAGAG